AAAGCAGCUCUCCCUCACAUUCCCUUCCCUUCUAUUCCUGAGUAGAUAAGAUGGAGUGGCAUGGGCCGGUCCCACGGCCUGUUGUCCACUGGGCAAAUGACUUUGGAGGUCCGUCUCAAGGACAGACAUGAGCGGAAAUGAUCUCAAGCCCAAAUCUAUACAAAACUAUUGUUUAGAAAUUUAUAUAGUCGAGGAAGAAAACUCAAUGGCUCACUAAGGCGCUGAGUAAGCGCCUCUGACAUGCCAGAGGAAAGAUGGGUGAAUUCCAUCUUCAAUCCUGUGCCCAAGAUCCCACCCGUGGAGGACAUUUGGGACAAAGAAAAGGAAGAGGAGGAGGAGGAGGAGGAGGAAGAGGAGGAGGAGGAGGAGGAAGAGGAGGAAGAGGAGGACACCAUAGACAAAGAACAAGAGAAAGGAGAAGCAAACAGGAUCAAGACCCUCCUCGGAGUACCCAAGCAGGACUCGGUGUGGGGCCUGAUGGCUUGGCCCAGGCACCCUCCAGAGCCAGCCUGGUGGUGGGAAGACUUUUCCCUGCCCCCACUCCGUGGACCCCGCCUCUGCCGGUGCAGACUGAGGACAAAGAUGAGGCUCCACCCUCUGCCUUCCCUGGCCUCCUGCUCCACCUCCAAAACCUUGCCCUCACUGGCAACCAGAGAUGAGCCCAGCUGGCUAAGAAACCAGUCUCUGAUGGAGCCUCCACCAGCUACCAGACUGAAGACCCCCAAGGCAGUGCAAAGGCUUCAUGCCAAGGUCUCGCCUAAGAGAUCUACUGUCCCCAAGUCUGGGCGACAGCAGACCCCGAUGUCAAUGUGGCCUCCGAUUAUUUUAAACCCUCCCUCCAAGAGCUCGGCUCUUAAGGGACAGCACACAUCCUCUGCCAAGGAGGCCUCCCAUCCCCCAGGUGCCUGGGGCAAUCCUUUGCCUCACCUUCCCUCAAAAUAAAUAUUUUUGUUAUACCAGCAA